UGACCUGUGUUAAAUGUUUAUGUGAAAAAAAGAAGAACGUGAAAAUCAUGUGGUGUGACAAGUUUGAACAUUUGAACUGACAGAGGUCACCCUGGUGUUGUCCGUAGACAAUGUAUCCUGCACAAGGUAUUGAGGGAAAGAGGUCUCGACUGACGAGACGUAUCUGUAUACUGGCCGGAGUAAUGUUACUGAUGUCCCUGGUGGCGAUCGUAGUCGGUAUUGUGUCUGUCGCUGUGUCAGAAGCGGCAUGGGACUUCCCGUUCAGUGCUGGGGCAGCUAUGGUCGCAGGAAUACCGGCAUUUCUGCUGUCAUUUUGCUCGAUGUGUAUGUGCUACGAGGGGAAUAAAACGGUGAAAGCAGCACAACCGGUUGUUUUGAUUGCUGUACUAUGACGAUGGUGAUCUGGUUCUGUAUCACAAUACUGGCGAUCUGUUUCGGCUUUGGCCUUGGCGGAAUCUACGGGGUUGUUGCGUGUACAAAUCAGGCAGAAAGGGUAAAAGUUGCUGACUUGUGUUAAAUGUUUAUGUGGAAAAAGAAGAACGUGAAACUCAUGUGGUGUGACAAAUUGGAACAUUUGAACUGACAGAGGUCACCCUGGUGUUGCUUAUGACAAGUUGGAACACUGGAACUGACAGAGGUUGACAAGUUGGUACAUUGAAUCUGUCAGAGGUCACCCUGGUGUUGCUUGUGACAAGUUGUAACAUUGGAACUGACAGAGGUUGACAAGUUGGUACAUUGGAACUGUCAGAGGUCACCCUGGUGUUGCUUGUGACAAGUUGUAACAUUGGAACUGACAGAGGUUGACAAGUUGGUACAUUGGAACUGUCAGAGGUCACCCUGGUGUUGCUUGUGAGAAGUUGUAACAUUGGAACUGACAGAGGCUGACAAGUUGGUACAUUGGAACUGACAGAGGUCACCCUGGUGUUGCUUGUGACAAGUUGUAACAUUGGAACUGAGAGCGGUUGACAAGUUGGUACAUUGGAACUGACAGAGGUCACCCUGGUGUUGCUCGGUGACAAGUUGUAACAUUGGAACUGACAGGGGUCACCCUGGUGUUGCUCGGUGACAAGUUGGAACAUUGGAACUGACAGGGGUUGACAAGUUGGAACAUUGGAACUGACAGAGGUCACCCUGGUGUUGCUUGUGACAUGUUGGAACAUUGAAACUGACAGAGGUCACCGUGGUGUUGCUCGGUGACAAGUUGGAACAUUGGAACUGACAGAGGUCACCGUGGUGUUGCUCGGUGACAAGUUGGAACAUUGGAACUGACUGAGGUCACCCUGGUAAUGCUUGGUGACAAUGUGUCCUGCACAAGGUAUUGAGGGCAAGAGGUCUCGACUGACGAGACGUAUCUGUAUACUAGCCGGAGUAACGUUACUGAUGUCCCUGGUGGCGAUCAUAGUCGGUAUUGUGUCUGUCGCUGUGUCAGGAUCGGCAUCAGACUUCCCGUUCAGUGCUGGGGCAGCUAUGGUCGCAGGAAUACCGGCAUUUCUGCUGUCAUUUUGCCCGAUGUAUAUGUACUACGAGGGGGCUAAAACGAGUGGACAGAGCACAACCGGUUGCUUUGAUUGCUGUACGAUUCUGAUGGUGGUCUGGUUCAGUAUCACAAUACUGGCGAUCUGUUUCGGCUUCGGCCUUGGCGGAAUCUACGGGGUUGUUGCGUGUACAAAUCAGGCAGAAAGGAUAAAAGUUUGUCUCGAUUCUGCCGAUUCAAAGAUGGCCCUCUCUGUUGUGACGAUAGUAAUAACUUUAGUUUUAUUCGUUCUGUCAUUAGCAAUAUUUUUUACCUGCUGUUGUAAUGCAGCAACAUUUGGUAUGCCGUUGAUGGUAGAAACUGCUGACAGCUACUCCUAUGGUAAUUAUUACAAUAGACCAGAUAUUAGUUUAUAUAACAGACGAGAAAAUCGACAAGAAAGUGCUAUACAGAACGCCCUGCCAGACGCAAGGAGGCAACAACCUCGUCCGCGCUCACCUGUUGAAAAUAUCAGUUAUAACAAUGAAAUUGGUAACAGAACUAUGACAGAGCCAUCUGCGCCCCAUUUAAGUGGUACCAGACAAGAAAGCUUUGAAGAUAUAGAUACUGGUUCAUUUGAACCUUAUUCUUCCGGUAGAAGUGCGAGCUCAUACUCGGAUCCACCGCCGUCUUAUGAUGAAGUUAUGAGAAAGGAACAGUCCUCUGAAACAGCAGUGUAGUUAAAAAAAUUAUUAUAUCAGAAAUUUAAAAUUAUGACAGCCCAUAUUGAUGUUGUAAAACUUGGCUAAAGGCAUUGUUAAUUUCGACAUGCAACAUCUUUAAAAGCUUGGCGCUACAGGAUUUAGUAGAUGUUAAUUUUAAAUGUUUAUAGAAUUCUAAUUAUUUUAAAUCAGUUCUUCUGGUUUAACUUAGGUCGAAUAUUAGUAUUGGUGCCCAAGUUUUUCAAAAAUACAUGCUACCAAAUCAUAACAUCUGAGUAACUCAAACGGUUUGAGGUAGAAAAAAACAACAAUUAAUUAGUUUAUACGUAAAACUUAUAAACAAAAUGAGAACAUUGCAAAUUGAUAGGAGUUAGUAAAAAGGAAAAUUUUAUCCAUAUAAACGGUCAUAAUACAUAUAUAAUACAGAAUAAUACAUACAUUUGUUAAUAAUGUUGGAUAUGUAGAAAUUGUACCGUCGUCAAAAAUGUUUAUGAACUUGCAAUCUCAAAGUUUUCAUACUUAUUAAAAGAUAGAGGCUAUGAUUUGAAAUCUAAAGCAUUUACCCUUACCCUGCUAAAUUUCUAUAAUGACCUUGUCCAUCUUUCUAAGUGAUUUCUGAGUGUAUGAUUAACAUGACGUUGUGUAAAUUACAGUCAAGUUUGUACAUCUGAAGAAAUUAUUAAAUAAAUGAGAAAAUAUC